UAUGUGCACAUAAUGGGAGUCACAAUAGUGUGAAGUGUCUUUUGGAUAUUAUGCUCUAGUGAUGCACUUCAAUGUGCAUAUUACUGCAUACUGCAGAUCCAAAUCUGAACUCAUGGAUAUGGGUUAAUGAAAAUGGUUAUAAUCAUUGUUUUUGGACUUAAUCAGGGGGCUUCUAAAUUUGUCCUGUUUUUUUCCCCAAUGAUAGUGUAACAUUGCGAGACAGUGCCACCUGUUGGAUACACAGGGUACCAGCUUAAUUUUAUUUAUUUAUUUAUUUAUUUUGUACUGGCACCGGCCAUGUGUAAGGCACUUUAAAACAUCAAAGCACAAUGACAUAGGCUAUCUAUCUAUCUAUCUAUCUAUCUAUCUACUGCUCCUUAAUACAUCAAAGAAGUUCACCAACCGCUGGGACGUACGUGCGAGAUGUAAAACUAUAUGUUUUUGCACAAAUAAAUCACGGGGACGCAUUCAAAAUAUACCCUAGUGAAAGCUUCCUGAGCAAACAGCAGCGCAGGAAGUGUUUUGCAAGAUUGCCAUGGCUCUGCGGUGACAACUGGACUGUUUUUACACCUUCCUUCUAAAUAAGGAAGCGGCCCGUCAGGCAUAUGACCCCUGCCGGUGUCCAAUUUGGGAGCUGCCUGAGAGCCCAUCACGUCCUCAAGUUCUCCUGUGAGGUCUCACUCUCCCCGGGAACCUCGUGUGGAUUGACAGCGAUAGAUAGGGCUGGGAGUCAAUUCCAAAAAAGAAUCGAUUCUUCGGUUCCAAAGCGUUGGGAAUCGAAAGUCGACUCCAAAGCUUGGAGUCACUUUGCCGUCGAGUUUUUCGAAAGAAUCAAGAACAUUAGUCGGGAAUCGACUCUUGGAAUCGAUUCCAACAUUUCUGGAAUCGAAUAGCCAUAGCGAUAGAUUGUUGCCUGUGGUGCAGAGUAUUGCUGGCUGGCACUCAACUUUUCUUUGCCCACCCCCUCCGUUCUGCACUAGUUGACAGGGCAGCAGCAGUGUGAGGUCAGCGUGAUGUCAUCUUGAAGGUGAGUGAUGUCAUCCUGAAGAUCUCCCCGGCAAGGUGAGCUUGCAUUUUGGCGAGUGUGUGGUGCUCCCCACGCCAGCGUUUGCCCAUCGGGAGAGGUGAAACAUGGUAAUCAUCAGCACCUUCACCACCACCGCCACCCGCUCAAGCUCAGCCGCCCUGCUCUUCUCAUCUACCGAGGGGCUUAUUGCGUUACACGCUCGCAGCCACGACCUGCCUUCCCAAAAUAAGCCCCUGCCACCAUGUCGAAAGAAGAAAAACAAGAGUGGUAUUUUUAGGGUCAUUAAUUUUGACCACGUGCCCCGAGGGUAAACCGGAUGACCACUGCGCAAAGGCUCCUCAUCAGUAUGUGCGAGACCAGCGGGCGCUGGACGUGGAUUGGGACUGUGCUGCUAGGCUUUCUGCUCGGGAUAGCGUCCUCCUACCCCACCUCGGACAGGACUAAUGCAACUUCACUGGAGAAAAGGUGGGAGACGCUCUUUUCCCGCUCCGUUUUGGGCAUCUCGGUGGAGAAAUCGGACCUGAACUGGGAGAGCGACUAUUUGCUGGGCAUCAAGAGAGUGCGGAGGCUGUACUGCAACGUGGGCAUCGGGUUUCACCUGCAGGUCCUGCCAGACGGAAGGAUAAGCGGUGUACAUAAUGAGAACCAGUACAGUCUAAUAGAAAUCUCAACGGUAGAGAGAGGAGUCGUUAGUCUAUACGGCGUGAAAAGCGAGCUGUUUGUCGCAAUGAGCAGCCGCGGGAGGUUAUACGGAACGAGGGUCUUCCGUGAUGAGUGCAAGUUCAAGGAGACACUGCUGCCCAACAAUUACAACGCAUACGAGUCUUCCAUUUACAAGGGCUUUUAUAUUGCCCUUAGCAAACAUGGCCGCUUGAAGCGAGGCUACAAGGCUUCUCCAGCAAUGACUGUCACACAUUUCCUCCCACGUUUAUGAGCAAAACUGGCAAUAAUACAAUGAUUUGCACAUGCUGGAUGUUCUCGUAGGUAACCUAAACAUGCGCACGUGAGAAGAGGUGAACUGCAAAGAACAGAAGUAACACUUAACACAGUAUUUAUUCUCGUUGAAAUAAUAUAUGUAUAUUUCGGUAGCUUACUUUAUGUCUGAACUUUGUGUAAAUGCCAUUCUUUGCUGCUUAUGAUUUCUACUAUGAAUAUCUGAGAGACAAGGAACUUUCUUUUUUUGCUCUCACUUUAUGGGUGCUUGCCAUAACCAGUGUAAACCUUACCCUGUCAUUAGAAUGACUAACAUCAUCAUCUUUAAGAAGUGAAAUGGAUCCUUUUUAUUACCUCAAAGAGCCCUGUAUGCACUGGCAAAAAGUGUAAAAGGGGGGAAAAAUAUCAGUUUACUCUGAUCUCCAUUUGCUCCACCAUUUUACAAGGGAGAUGAAAGCACUUAUUUAACUGCAAUUAUUCAUUAUUAGGUGGUGCCUUAGCUUCAGAUUUUAGUUCCUUUUACUUGCAUGCAAGGGAGAACUGUGACGCUCUACCCCAGUUCCUAAAAGUCCAGAAGUUCAUUUGGUUUUUUCGUUCCAUAUUUACAGUAAAUCAAUAACUCAAUGAGACUCGUAGACUUGGAGGUUAGAGACUACUUGCAUGCAUCCUUAUUAGGAGUUAAAGUCAAAGAGGGCCAUUUUACACCUCAUGCAAUGUCAGAGUUUGACUGAAAGUCUUUCUGUGGACGAAUAGUCUUGAAAGGUUUGGGUGCUUCCAUUUGAAUUUUUUUAUGUCCAGUAAAUUUUGCACUGGAGUAAUAUUCUGUUUGUGAAAAUUGAUCAAGCUAGUGAUAUCCAUUAAAUUGCAUUAAUCUUGAAUUAUGUGGCAAGGUUAUAUGAUAGAGUAGCUGUUUUGCUCAGUGAUAAGGAAAACGUUCAUUUUAUACAGUAUAUGAAAUGGCACAGUUUCUUUUAUCUGGCGUGCUCUUAUACUCUUCUUGGUUUUGUAUCAUACAUAUUUAUUAAUAACGGACUGUGGUGUCUAUGUCUUACCCUUUAUAAGACAGUGACUAAUCUCCAAUGAGGUGUUGGCAAUUUGAUUUCACCAACAUUUUGACUGCAUACUUGAACUCCAACUCGACAAUUCUUUGGAAUGUAAAAACCAAUGCAACUGUCUUAAUCUGUUUCACAUAACAUAAUCUGCUCAUUACGUUAUGUUUGAAUACCAGGCCGAAAUACCUGAGCACACUCUUCAAUUUCGAAGUCAAUUGAUUUUGUCUAGAGAAUCUAGAAGUCAGACUUGAAGAAUUUGAACUCAGUAUAUUCAGUAUUUUUAGGCAUACACACGAUGUCGGCCCACCCUUGUGUAGUACUCUAAUUAAAAUUGUACCAAAUUAUUUCAAAAUAUUUGCUUAAAGGCUAAGGCUUACAUUUCCGAAGAGUAGAAUUCCGUUUUUAAUCAUCUUCCAUUACGGUUCAUCAUUUUACUUGAAGUUGCAGCUCAGACUUCAACAAUUGAGAUCUCUUUUUUACAACUGUCUAUAUCUUUGCGUAUCCUUUGUGCAUAAGUCAUGUUAGAAAGGUUUGCAGUAGAAAAUAUAUUGACAUACCUUGCUUUGUCUUGCAAUAUUGGUUCUGCCCUUGAAAUUAACAUUUUGAGUUGUCUAAAUGCUACAAAGGAGAGGGACAUUAUUUUUAUGACAGUUAUGGCUGGGAUGUUUGAGUCAGGUACACUGAUAUUUAGAAGGUAAAAUAAUAUGCUAAUAUUAAUAAUAAUAUGACUUUUCCCUAAAGCAAAAUCAAAACAAAAUUGCUAUGGUCACAUUUUUAUGUCCUGAAAAAAGUAAUCAAGGGAGAUUUUAACUUUAUUACGUUAAAAAUAUGAACUAUAUAUUAGUUGUUGGAUCUUGAAGAAUCUUGACAUGGAUUUAAAAUUCUUUGUACCCCAAAUAUAGGCAUGCAAUGUGAUUGCUUUAAUGAAAUUAUCACAAAUUACUGCUAUUUAUGUAUGUGAUGUUAAUUUAUUGAUAUUUAUCUCCACUAUACCCUUUCUUGACACUUAUCUGAAUAGAAUUUUGCAUGGUUUUUAAUGCAAAAAUGUUGGACAGAAAUGUUGUAUCUAGAAGUUAUGCCCUCUACUGCUUUCUAUUAAGUGCUUAUGCAGAAACAUCUAUUUCUUAUGUAAGUUCCACCAGAGUUUUAUUGUACUGUAUUUUGUCUCCAGCUAUGAAAUGGCCCCAUUUGUGGUUUGAAAGAUGAUUGUGAGAAAGGGGUGGUGCAUGUACAGUAUAUGUGUGUGUUAUUGUAUGUAUGCAGCCUUUAUGUUCUUUCUCUGUUUUGUAUUCCUGCACUGAGGGGCAGACACCCCCUCCAAAUUCCCCUCCUAUUUUCUAACAUAUACCUCACCUUCUGCCUUAGUUCCAAUUUGUUGAAAUGAUUGUACGAUUUUUUGGAGACAAAAAUUUUUUGCCAAUCAUUUUGUUCUCUGUAAAAAAAAAGUAAAAAACAAAAAAAAGGAAUAAGAAUUCUAAUAUAUAAAGAAAAUGUUUCCUUUUAUUUUUAUACAUAUGUGCUGUGCACAGCAGCCAACUGUAUUACUGAAAUGAAAAUAAAAGGUUGUUUUAUA